CAACAUCGCCCGACACUUCAUUCCUUCUUUGAUAAUCAUUUAGUUCGGUUGGACCAACUUAAUAUCAACUAUAAAAUAAAAUUAUUAUAUUGUCCAUCAACAAAUUCAUCAAAACCAGAUCAACUUUAAUAUUUCAUUUUUUUUUAAAUAAUAAUACACUAUGAAGACUGCAUUGUGUUUAUUAUUGUUUGGUAUUGUUGCUGUAUCAGCACAGAGAAGAUUAGCCUUACCUGAUCCAAGAAGCUGUGCAAAUCGUGUUCGUCAUGCUUCAUACAGAGAUGCACGAGGUGUAGCACAUUCUUACUUUUUCAGUUGGGAACAUCAGCCAACAAGAAGUCUUGAAGUUGAUUGGCUUGAUUCAAGAAAUAUUUGUCGUCGUCAUUGUAUGGAUGCUGUGUCACUUGAAACACCACAAGAAAAUGAAUUUAUUAAACAAAGAAUAGCCAGAGGUAAUGUGAGAUACAUCUGGACAUCUGGAAGAAAAUGUAACUUCAAUGGUUGUGAUAGACCAGAUCUUCAGCCUCAAAAUAUUAAUGGAUGGUUCUGGUCUGGUUCUGGUGCUAAAGUUGGACCAACAACACAACGUAAUACUGGUGAUUGGAGUCAAACUGGUGGAUAUGGACAAGCACAACCUGAUAAUCGUGAAGCUGCACAGGGUAAUGAUGAGUCUUGUCUUGCAAUUUUAAAUAACUUUUACAAUGACGGUGUUAAAUGGCAUGAUGUUGCAUGUCAUCACUUGAAGCCAUUUGUAUGCGAAGACAGUGAUGAACUUUUGAAAUUUGUUGCAUCAAGAAACCCAGGUCUUCGUCUUUAAAUUAAUUUAAUAAAUAAUAUAUAAUUUCUCUUUUUUAAAUUGAAAAUUAAAAAGAAACAAAUUUAUAUUUUAUACCCAUUUAGAUGAUGAUUGUAAUAUUAUUAAGUAAUUAUUAGAUUUUUUUUUUUUGUUAAUAAUGUUUAGUCUAUUUAUAUUUUACUAACUUGUUUUAUUUUCACAUCAAUUGGCAUAUAAAUUUAUAAUAAAGCAACAUUUUUUUAUAUUUUUUUUUUUAACAAUUAUAUUAGAAAUUGUCUUUGCAAAUAAUAUAAUUAGUCAUACUUUACGAUAGUCGGUUUAAUUGUAUAUGUAUUUUAUAUUUUUGUUUUUUUUUUGAUUUUUUUUUUCAAUGAAUAAAAAUAAAACAAACUGACAUGAUUUAUAUGAUAAUUUUUGUUUAUUAUUUACUUAUACAAGUUUUUAAGAUAAACAAAUAAACAUUGAAUGAGUCAUAAUUUUUUUGAAAUCGAAAUAUGUUUGAUUAUAUAAAAAAA